AUGCUCCGUGCCCCGCGCCCCGGUCCGCACCCCGGCCGCGGCCGCGUCUCAGACUGCAGCCCCCGCCCGGAGCGCCGCUUAGGUGCCCUCAACCGUGGCCUGCGGGACCCCACGCCCCCGACGCCCACCGCGCGCCGCCGCGCUCGGAGCCGCCCCCGCCGCCGCCCCCGCCGCACCCCGCCGCCCCGGCGUCCGCGAAGCCCCACGCCCCGCGCCGGCAGCGGCGCCCCGCCUGUGCGGCUCCGCCGCUGGCGCCCCCGGGCUGCACAAUGCGCCGCGCCGCUGGGGUCCGUCGCCCGGGGCAACCGCAGGACGCGAGACAGCGCGACGGGGGCCGGGGGCACGCAGACAGCCCCGGGGGCCCAGGUGGUGGAAGGGAGCAAGGACGAGGUGGUGGAAGGGAGCAAGGACGAGGUGCCGGAGGCCAAGGUUGAAGCAGGGAUGGAGCCAGAAUUAAAACAAGGAGUUUGCCAAGACUUGGUUUCUUCCCCCAGAUUAGACAGAUUGAAAAUAGCAAAACAACUAACGGACAAGGCAAUCAAGGAAAAGAAGAUCUUCUCCAUCUGCGGACACUACCCAGUGAUCCGGACCACCCUGCGGAGGAAGGGCUGGGUGGAAAAGAAGUUCCACUUUCUGACCAAUCUCGUGCCAAGCGUUGACGGCGACGGGGAAGCAGUGCCAGAAAACAAACGUGCUGAAGGCAAAGAGAAUCAAGAUGUGGCUUUGGAGAAAGCAGACGACGUCCACGAUGUGAUGUCCAGGUUGGUAAAAAACGAAACGCCCUACUUCCUUUGGACAAUCAAAAGGGACGUCAUCGACUAUCACAGCCUGAGCUGCGACCAGAUGCUAAACCACUAUGGGAAGACUGCGUCCUUCACCACCAAGAUCGGGCUGUGUGUGAGCAUGCGGAGCCUGCCGUGGUACGUCCAGGCCAACCCCGACACCUUCUUCCCGCGCUGCUACAGCCUCUGCACCGAGAGCGAGAAGCAAGAGUUCCUGGACGACUUCCGGCGCACGGUGGCCUCCAGCAUCCUGAAGUGGGUGGUCAGCCAGCAGAGCAGCAGGAGCAAGCCAAGGAGCAGGCGGGAGGAGGCCCGCCACUGCGGGGCGAGCCGGAAAGUUCCCGAGGGUGCAGGACCGAGGCUCAUGGGCCUGUCGGGGCAGUUCGUGGAUGUCGCGUGCAAGGUGUGCAAGGCCUACCUGGGACGGCUGGAGCACGAGGACAUCGACCUCGCUGAGGACAGCACCAGGGACCUCACAGAGGACGAGUGGAACGAUCUGAUCCAGCAGUACUACUCGCUCACCCACGGCGAGGCCUUCAUCCCCAGUUCCAGGAAUCACUUUUCCCAGUGCCAGGCUCUGCUGAACAAAAUCACCUCUGUGAACCCUCAGACCGAGAUCGACGGGCUUCGGAACAUCUGGAUCAUCAAGCCUGCGGCCAAGUCCCGCGGCCGAGACAUAGUGUGCAUGAACCACGUGGAGGAGAUCCUGGAGCUGGUGGCUGCAGACCAGCCACCCGCCAAGGACAACAAGUGGGUGGUGCAGAAGUACAUCGAGACACCGCUGCUCAUCUAUGACACCAAAUUCGACAUCCGGCAGUGGUUCCUGGUCACCGACUGGAACCCACUGACCAUCUGGUUCUACAAGGAGAGCUAUCUGCGCUUCUCAACGCAGCGCUUCUCCCUGGACAAACUGGACAGCGCCAUCCACCUGUGCAACAACUCUAUCCAGAAGCACCUGAAGAACGACAAGGACCGCAGCCCCCUGCUGCCCUGCCACAACAUGUGGACCAGCACCCGAUUCCAGGAGUACCUGCAGAAGAGGGGCCGCGGGGCCGUGUGGAGCAGCGUCAUCUACCCGUCCAUGAAGAGGGCCAUCACCAACACCAUGAAGGUAGCUCAGGGCCACGUGGAGCCGCGCAAGAACAGCUUCGAGCUGUACGGCGCUGACUUCAUUCUCGGGCGCGACUUCAGGCCCUGGCUGAUCGAGAUCAACUCCAGCCCCACCAUGCACGCGUCCACGCCUGUCACAGCGCAGCUGUGCGCGCAGGUGCAAGAGGACACCAUCAAGGUGGUGGUGGACCGCAAGGCCGACCGAAACUGCGACAUCGGCAACUUCGAGCUGCUAUGGAAACAGCCUGCAGUGGAGCUGCCCACGUUCCAGGGCUCCGACUUGCUUGUGGAAGGCGUGGGCAUAAGGAAAGCCAGGAAACAGAUGCCAGUGACCCCCAGCUUUGACUUUGUGCCUCCGCUCUCGGACAUCCAUCCGCUGAAACAGAGGUGCCCCUCAGCCAUGCUGGACCUGGCCCGGGGACCCCCACCCAUGGCCCUGCACCAGGAGUUGAACCUGAAAGAUGGGAAGGUACCUCCUUGCACCUUGCCUGUGCACUUACACAGACUGGUGGAGAGGAGUGCUAAAGCCAAGAGUGGCCACAGGGCGUCCGGCAGGAAGGUCGAGCUCCCCUCCUGCACCUCUCAGCACUCAGACAGUAAGGCCCCCCGCCCCGCUCUCGCCAAGGCCGAAUCCGACAGACGCUCGGAUCCAGACUCAUUACACGUGCACCCACUGCCCUCCGUGCUUCCGAGUGUGAAGACAGCGGAGGGUGCUCCGUUUCAGCCACCCAGACCACCAGGUUGUCAGGACAAUGGGGGCCUGCUGCAGCAGUUCCGGGGCCCCCUGAACACCAAGUGCCCUGCACAGGACCAGCUGGAUCGUAAACUCUCAGGGGCCGCGUUCUUGCUGCUCCCCCACCCCCCGAGCUGUGCUGGACAGCUCGCACAUGCUCAGUACACGCGCGAAUCGCCCCCUAGGAUCACCAGCUCCAGGCACGAGGAGCCAGUGCUUUCAGAGCUGGCAGGGCCCUCGGAGGCCACGUCCAGUCUCACCCGCUUUCCUCACUCCGUGUCCAGUCUGGCACCGAGGCCCGUCAGCCCUGCCCCUUGGCAACUCACCUCUCCGUGA